AUGUGUACUGUUUAUAUAUAUUCCAAAAAUAUGCUUGUGGUUAAUAGUAAUAAUAAUAGUAAUAUUUAUAGUAAUAUUAAAAAUGAUAAAGUGGAUAUGUUAAUUUAUAGUUACUAUCAAUUAAUGGAUCCUUUAAGUGAUGUCGAAAGAGUAUCAUUAUGGCUUUUUUUAUUCAAUAAGAAGAGAUGUAUUAAUAAUGUUUCAUAUGAAAAUAUUACGAAAAUGUUAUUAUAUGAUGAUGAUUUAUACAUGUCAAUAUUAUAUCAUACAAAUAUAUUAUUAUAUUUUGAAAAAAAAAAAAAAUUAUUAUAUGCUAUUACAAUUUAUACUUAUGUACAUGCAAUUUAUUAUUUGUUGUUACAUAUAUUUGGAAAUGUUGUAUCAAUUUUAGAGAGCCAAAACAUUGUUCAAUUUAAUAAAGUAAUUCAUAAUAAAAAAUAUAAUGAAUAUAGUUGUAGUUAUAUAAAGUACAAUGAAAAUUCAAUAUGUGAGGAGGGUGUGAGAAAAAAAGGAAGAAAAAAAAAAAAAAAACACAAUAUAAUUACUAAACAAAUUAUAAAUAUUUAUAAAAGUAUAGGAUUUAUUGUGACACCUUAUCUGGAUAUAAGUUGUAUAAGAUAUGAAUCUUUUAAUACAUUAAGAAUAUUUAUUAUGUUGUAUUACAGUCAUAAUGAUACCAAUUUUAUGAAAAAAAAAUUCAUAUAUUAUGGAUAUCUUAAAGAAAUUGAAAAAAUGAUAGAACAUUUUAUAUACAAAUAUGAAAAUCCAAUUUUUAAAUAUUUAAAAAAAAAUAUGGUAGCUUACGUAAAAAUAUUCUGUUCUUAUCCUCUAAAUAAUAAAAGCAUACAAAAUGUUUAUAUGUUAAGAUCUAUAUGUAUAUAUAUUUUUGAACGUCAAUGUUUGAAAUUUUGUUAUUUAAAUAAUUAUAUAUUACAACGUAAUUAUUUGAAAAAGUCUGAUAAAUUUUUUUUAUCACUUCCAAAAUUAUUAAAAUAUUUGGUAUCAUUUGGGUUCCCUAAUAAAGAGUUUAAUAUUUUUAUUGACUUUUCUUCUUAUAAUUUUCAUCAUUUCUCUUUUAAUUAUAUUAUAAUAUAUUGUUACAUAUUAGUUUUUCGAAUUAUAAUAUAUUUUUUUAAAAAUAAUAUCAAGAGAAUAUGUAGGUAUAUUAAAUACUAUGCAAUGUUGGAGAGGCGUAAUAUUAUUCAUGUGUGCUAUAUAAGUUUAUAUGAUAAGAUGAAUAAAAUAUCUGAUCCUUUUAUACAGAUUUAUUCAAAUGAGUAUACACAUAUGUAUGAAUAUAUUAUAGAACAUUGUUUUAAUGUGAAACAUAUAAUAAGUUAUAAUAAGGAGUCACUAUAUAAAAAAAAUAUAAAUGACAAUAAUAAUAAUAAUAAUUAUAGUAAUAAUAAUAAUAAUGAAAAUGGAAAUAAUUACAAUCAUAAAAAUAAAAAUGAUGCAAAGGAUAUUUUAAAAUUCUGCAGUUUAAAUAGGAUCAAUUAUAAUAAUCGAAAAGAACAAGAAGACGACGACGAUGAUGAUGAUGAUAAUAAUAAAAAAAAAAAACAACCUUCAAAAUACGAAUCAGAUGAUAUACAAUUUGUUAUAGUGAAGAGAAAAAAUGUUCAGAUUAAUGAUAAUAAUCAUUUAAAAAUUAAAAAAAGAGUUAUGAAAAAAAAAAUUGAAAAAAGAAAGAAAGGUUAUAGUAUUAAUAUAGGUUGUCAAAAAUUUAAUACUCACAUAUUAAAAUUGAAAACAUAUAAUAAAAGAACAUUUUAUAUUAAUAUGAAUGAAUAUAAAAAAGUUGUAUUUAAAAAGUUAAAAUGUAUGAAUAAAAGAAUAAGUACUUAUUUCAUUAAAGACAGAAAUGGUUUUACUAAUAUGUAUAAGUCUAAUAAAAGAUAUUUUGCUCAAAUAUUAAAAAAAAAAAAAUAUGUAUAUACAUAUGAAUCAAAUAAAAAGGGUAACAAUUAUUUUUAUUUAUAUGAACAAUCGUUUAAAGAUAAAAUGUUGAGAUCAUUAUUUUAUGUUAUUAAAUAUAAAAAUCUUUGUGAUAAUUUGAUAAAUAUAAAUUAUCAAGUUUAUGACUUAUUAAAUAAAAAUGAAAAGAAAAAAAUUAAUUAUAUAGACAAUAAUAGAAAUUUGAAUCGUAUUAAUGAAUAUAAUCAAUUUUGUUUGAAUGAUUAUAAUGAUUGGGCAGCAUAUACAAAAAAUGACAUUUUAAAUUAUAUUUCUAAUUAUUUGUAUGUAUCACAUAUAUAUAACGAUUUUGAAAAGAUAAAUAAGACAUUACAAAGAAUAUUUACCUGUGAUAUGGAUACUUUUUAUAAUAAUAAUAAUAUUGAUGAAAUUAUAAAUUUGAAUAAUAGUGAUUUGCAUAAUCAAAAUAAAUAUAAUAUAUCAGAGAAAUCAUUUAAUAGUAGUAAUAUGCAUUGGUUUGGUUAUAAAAAAGGUAUGGAAGAUGAAAAGAAAUAUUAUCUAUCUUUGAAUAACGUGAUGAAUGAAAAAAUGAAUGGAUGCUACAACACAAAUAAUUAUGUUAAUUGUAUAAAUAAAGAUAUUAAAGAAACGAUGAAGGUUAAUAAAAUGAAGACAUUAAACAAAGUUGUAAUUUAUAAUAAUAAUAAUAAUGAUGAUGAUAAUAAUAAUCAUAGUGAGGUUGGUAAAAAAAAAAAAAAAAGUUUAGAAGAAAAACAAAUAUAUAUAGAUGAACAUGUGGAAGAAAAUACUAUUCAUAUAUUAAACUUACAAGAAAAGAAUUUAUGUAAAUAUUUUCAAGAAAGCCAAAUUGGAUUAAUAAAAUAUAUCGAUUGCUUACUAAAUGAUUACAUUAAAAAUAUAAAUCUCGAUAAAUAUAUCAAUAUAAUUUAUAAAGAUACAUAUAAUAAUAAUAAUAAAAUAUAUAAGGAUAAUAUGGUUGGAGCUUUUUAUAAUUUAUUUUCAUCCGUUAAGAUUGAUGAUAUGAUUAAGUGUAAUUAUGAAACAUUUCAAAUUUUAUUAAAUAAAAAAAUAGGAGAUAUAUUAAAUAUUUUAGAUGUAUUAAUAAACACCUAUAAAUCUUACGAAUAUAAUAGUAUGAAUUGUUCAUGUAAUGUGAAGGAAUAUGAAAAUGUAUUUAAUCAGAAUUAUGAGUACAAUAAUUUUUUAAAUAAUAAAUAUAAUACAGUUGGUAAUAAGGAAGUACCUAUAAGAGAAAAUCAUUUGUUGGUUAAGAAACGAACAAACGAAGAUAAUCAAAUAUAUAAAAAGAGUGAUAAGAUUAUGUAUGAAAAUGUUUGUGAUGAUAAUUGUAUGGUUAAUCGUAAGGUGUCCUCUAAUAAUAAUUGCAUAAGUAUUAUGAAUCAAAGUAAUAAUGGUGAUAGUAGGAAAUUAAAUUAUUUUAUAAAAAAUGAAAUAUAUGAUUUUGGAUGUAAUCAAAGGGCAGAAACAAAUCCGAAUAGUGAAAGAUCAUAUGGUAUAAUAUAUAAUGAAAAUGAUAUGAAAAUUAAUUUAAGAAUGUUAUUAAAAAAUGAUAUAUCGCUAUUUAAUAGAAGUAGAACUGUAAAUAGAACACACUGUGAUAGAAUUGAAAAUAAUAGUAAUGAUGAUAAUAAUAAUAUAUAUAGAGGUAGAUAUAUUAAUCAACAUAACAUUAUUAGUAACGAAUGUAUGAGACAACAUAUUAAAUAUACAAAUAUAAAUUAUAACAACAAUAUAAAUAACUACAUAAACGAAAAUGUAAGAAAGAAAAAUAUCAUUACACAGAAUAAUCCAUUGAAUUAUAAUACAAAUGAAGAAGAUAAGGAAAAGAUCAGUUAUAGUGAUAAUCAUAUACAUAUGAAGAGAACCAUGAAAAAUUAUUCACAUAGUUUGGACAUCCAUUCUACGAAUAAGGAUAAACAGUUAAAUGAUACUAACAAUUGUAAUUUUAUUAAAUGGAAAAAUGUUCUUCCAUAUUCUAAUAGUUGUAAAAAUAAAUAUGAUAAUAAAAUUGAAAUGAAUAAUUUUGAUAAUAACAUUAUAAAUAAGUAUGAAAAGAAUGAAUGUAAUUAUUGUAGUAAUAAAAUACAAGAUGAUAAAAUAUAUAAUAUAGUAGGAAAGGUUAAAUCUGAAAAUUCAAGGAAUAUACAUAAAUCAAAUAGAACAAAUAAUACUGAUAAUAUUUUAGGAUACAAUAGGGAAAAAAAAUACAUGAGUUCAUUUUGUGUAAAAAAAAAUAGCAGUAGGAGAAUAUACAAAGAUGAAAAUAAAAAUUAUCAAUAUAAAAAUGAUGAACAUAUAAAUGAUGAAUAUAUAAAUGAUGAACAUAAAAAUGAUGAAUAUAUAAAUGAUGAACAUAAAAAUGAUGAACAUAAAAAUGAUGAAUAUAUAAAUGAUUGUUUUUUAAAUAUAAAAGGAGAAAAAAAAAGUAUAUUUGAAAAUGCAUUCAAACGUAGUGACUUAAAAUUCAAAUUAAUAAAUGAAGAAAAUAUAACAAAACCAACUAACAAUGUUUAUGUUAAUAUUUCACAAAAGAAUGAUAUAGAAAAAAAAAUGGAAAAACAACGAAACUGUAAUAAUUCAUUAUUACAAUUAUCUUUAUAUGGAAUAAAUAAAAGUAACAAUAAUAAUGGUAUUAUUAUUCACAAUAAUUAUAAUAUAAACAAUAUGGAUCAUUUAAGUAGCUGUAAUAACAUACAUAGUAGUAAUAAUGUUGUAAGCACUAAUAACAUUGAUAGUAGUAAUUAUAGAAAUGAUAUGUGUCUUAACACGAAUGACAGAAUUAUAUUUCAUCAAUAUAAAAAUAGUUGUAUGAUUAAUGAUAAUGAUGAUUAUGAAAUAAAUAAUGAUUAUAAUAGUAAAAGUAUAAAUGAAUGUGAAGCAGAAGAUACUAAAGAUACCAAUGAUGUUAAAGAGAUAUCUAAUGAUGUUUUCUAUAACUAUUUGAAUGAUAUGAAUGAGAGAUUUUAUUACAAUUAUUUGGAUUAUAAUAAAUAUGAUAGUAACAAUAAUUAUCAUAAUAAUCAUAAUUGUAGUAAUAAUGUAUAUUAUAAUUAUGAUAGUAUUAUGUCUAGUGAAAAUCAAAUAUAUAAACAUAUACAAGAAUGUAAGGAUAUCAAUUUUAUAAAUGAUAUACAACUUUACAAACUUAGUACUAUUAAAAAUAAGGAUAAUAAUAUUAUUAAUGGUGAUAUAAUGCAGAGUUAUAAAAAUAAAAACAGUAAUAAUAAUUAUGAUAAAGGAAAUGUGGGAAAUUAUUAUGAUAUAAAAUUAAAAAUAAAAAAGAAUUCAAGUAAUAUGAAAAAUUUUAAUGAUAUAAUAAAAUAUGAUCAAAAUAAUGAUGAUAUAAAAGUUGUUUCAAAUAUGCCUUAUGAUUUUUUAAAAAAAAAAAGGAAUAGUACUGAAAAUACACUUUUGAUAAAUAAUCACAAUAAUAAUAGUACUGAUAAUUAUAAUAAUAAUAAUAAUAAUAAUAAUAAUUAUUAUAAUUAUAACAUAAAUAGUGAUCUUUUAUUUCAUCAACUAAAUAAUAUCAGUAAUAACAGAAAUAAUGAUAUAUCUUUAGAAAGGCGAUUAAAUGAUUUUAAAAAUUCAUUAAUAAAUAAAAAUAAAACAAAUGAAACAGGGGAAAAACAAGUUGACGUUUUGAGAAAUCUUAAAAGUAAGAUAGAUGUUUUUUCUUAUGUAGAAAAUUAUAUUUUAGAUAAAAAUAUUGAAAGGAAUAAAAAUUAUAUGAAAUUGAAAAUUAAUGAAAUUGAAGACACGAAAACGAAUAAUAAGUAUUAUAAAAAUUAUGAGAAGUGUACAAAUAAAUAUAAUUCUAAUAAUAAUAAUAAUAAUGUCAUAUUUAAUAUUGAUGGAAAUGCUUGUAAAACAUCUAAUAACAAGUCAAGAACUCUAUCAUUGCAAAACGAAAAUAUACGUGAAAAUGAAUUUUUGAAUUCUAUUAAGAUGUAUGAAAAUAUAAAUGAGAAUUAUAAUGUACUUAAACAAAAUAUAAAUAAUAUAAAAAUUAAAAAUGAACUAAGAUUCCCUGAACAAAAUAGCCAUCAUGAAAAUAAUAAUGACGUAAUUAAUAAUAAAAAUAAUGAUGAUAAUAUAUGUAAUAAUAAUAUUCAUUUAAUGAAUCAAAUAAGUAAUACAAAAGAUGAUGACUUAAAUGUUAAAAUGAUUAAUAGUAAUCAAUGCUCGUUCUCUAAUAAUAACAUAAAAGAAACAUGUAAAGAUAAAAAAAAAAUACAAGAUAUAUUACAUAUAAAUGGACAAUGUAAGCCCUGUGCCUUUUUUUACAAUAAAAACAAAGGAUGUAGAAACGGGGAUUCUUGUGAAUUCUGUCAUCAUGUAGAUCAUUCAAACUUAUCAUUAAAACAGUGGAAAAAACAACAGAAAAAAAUGAUGAAACUAGGUCUUUUAAAUAACGAAAAACAAAACAUAAUGGCAAGGAUAGACAUAACUAAUAAGGAAAAAGAAAAGAGUUGUAUUAAUAAGAAAAACAUUACUAUCAAUAAUGAAAAUUAUAUAAAAAAAAAUAAUGGUAAGUUAAAUGAGCCUAAUAAUCAUAUAGAAGAGUGUACGAGUGAAAAUAAAGAGAAUACCAUAAAUAAACAAUUGAAUAAUUAUGAUAUUUUUACAAGUCAACAGAAACUAUGUAAUGAUGUGACUAGCAUGAAUAAAAAAGAAUGUAAUAAACAAAGUGAUAAUAUUUUUAAUAAUUCAUAUAUUGAUGGAUAUAAUGUAAACAAUGUUCGGAAUAAUAAUCAUAUAAGUAAUAAUAGCAUUAUAAUUAACAAACGAAUGAUAAGUAAUAACAAAAUUGUUAUUAAUAAUCAACGUAUAAGUAAUAAAAAUAUGAUAUUUAAUAACAACAUUAUAAGUAAUAAUAUUAUUAUGUAUAAUAAAAAGAAAAGUAGCAACAGCAGUAGUAGUAGUGGUAUCAAUGCAAUACAUCGAAACAAAAGUACUAAUAAUUUUAUAAGUAGUAAUAUCUUGAGAAACAUGACUAAUAAAAAAAUAGACUUCAAAAAUAAUAUGAUUUUUAAAAAAAUGUCCACAAAUAAUUGUGAAAUGAAAAACCUUAAUCCUUGUUCUCUUUUGUCAAAUGCAUCUGAAAAUGGUUCCUACAAAACAAAUGAUUUUCUAAACGAAAAUGAAAAAUAUAAAACUAAAGAUAAUGAUAAUCAUAAAUAUAGUGACAAUAAAAGGGGGAAUAAUAUAUUGAAAAGUCAUAAUAUUAAACAUAAUAAUAUUAAUAAUAUAAAUGUAUUACAUAAUGAUAAUAAGUUUUAUAAUAUUCACACAAAUAAUCAUAUAAGCGAUUUAAAAUAUGUAGAUAGAAAUAUUACGAAUGAUAGGUUCCAAAAAAAUAUCAUAUUAAAAAAUAAAACAAAUGAAAAAGAUCCUAUAAGACAAAUAAAGAAUACCAAUAUUGAGGAGGAAAAUAAAAAAUAUCUUCUUCCUUUUAAUCAUAAUGAAAUAUAUUUAGGAGAGGACAAUAAAAUAAAGAGUGAAAAUAAUGAGACAGAAAAUAAUGCUACACUACAAACAAAAAUUAUAUAUAACAUUGAAAAAAAUCUUUUAGAAAAUAGACAUUUAAAUUUUAAUAAGAGUCAUAAUUAUAACAGUAUGAUAAAUAAUAUGAGUCCUUUAAAUAUGAAUAAUGUUUGUCAUGAUAAAAUGAAAAUAAUGAGCAGGACUAAGGACAUAGAAAAAAAUAUUAUAAAAGAAACAAACUUAUUUCCUAAAUUUAUAAGAAGAAAUAAUAAAAUUGCUGAAGAUUUUAUAAAUGUUACUGAUAAUAAAAGUACACGUGAUAUUACAUGUAUUAAUGAUAUAUUAAAGCGGGAACCUUUAAAAUAA